GCUUCGAUUCGAUCGAACCAUGUCGGACAGCACAAUGCCUCAGCCCAUGACCUCCAUGCUCGGCUCUCUGAACAUGCUUGUGAACCGAGCACUCUCUGAGCUGUUCCCUUUCUACACUGGGGACAACAGCCUCAACCGUGACAAGACCGGUGCUGCCAAGAAGGCCAAGAAGAAGGGGAAGAAGGGCAAGAAGGGCGGCAAGAAGGGCAAGAAGGGCGGCGACAAGGCCGCGGCCGAGGCCGAGUCGCCCGAUUCGCCGGCGGCUACGCCCGUGGAGGCAGCACCGGCUGCGGCGUCGUCGGGUGUGCCCGAGCGCGAUACCGAGUACAAGUGCUCGGUGGCGCUUCGUCUCAAUGCCAUGAUCAAGAAGCAGACCGAUUUUGCUGAUGCGGCGCUGUACAAGUCGCCGCUGGAUGUGGCCAAUGCCAUUGCCGCCAAGCUCGCCGAGUACCCGGAGACCGAGGGUGUGGUGGACAAGGUUGAGGUUGUCCCGCCGGGCUUUAUCAACUUCCGUGUCGCCACCUCGUUCCUCGUCCGCGAGCUCCGCAACAUCGCCGGAACCGGCAAGGUUGCGCCGCCGGCCGAGGUCAAGCCGGUCAAGGUGGUCAUCGACUUUUCCUCGCCCAACAUUGCCAAGGAGAUGCACGUCGGCCACCUGCGGUCGACCAUCAUCGGCGAGUCGAUCUCGCGCAUUCUCGAGUUCUGCGGCUUUGACGUGGCGCGGACGAACCACGUCGGCGACUGGGGCACCCAGUUUGGCAUGCUCAUUGCCCAUCUCAAGGACGAGCACCCCAACUUUGUGGACAACCCGCCGAACAUCUCGGACCUGCAGGCCUUCUACCGUGCUGCCAAGGCGCGGUUCGAUGCCGAGCCGGACUUUACCCAGCGCGCGUACUCGGAGGUCGUUGCCCUCCAGUCGCGCUCCGAGGAGUCGCUCAAGGCGUGGAACCUCAUCUGCGAGGUCUCGCGCGUCGAGUUCCAGCGCAUCUACGACCGCCUUCAGGUGACGACCCACGAGAAGGGCGAGUCGUUCUACCACGACCAGCUUGCCGACACUGUCGAGCUCAUCAAGGAGCGCAUUCCGCUUGUCGGCACCUUUACCUCAGGUGAGGACGAGGACGCUGAGGCCAUCAAGGAGCGGCGUGACGCCUUUGCGGCCGAGGUCGCGGCGCAGACCUCGCUCGACAACUCGGUCCUUGCCGAGGACAACGGUGCGCUCUGCUUCUGGAUCGUCAACCCGCGCGAGCCCAACGCGCCGCCCAAGCCGCUCAUUGUGCAGAAGGCCGACGGCGGGUACACCUACGCUACCACCGACUUUGCGGCUCUCAAGUACCGCCUCGAUGUGGAGAAGGCCGACUGGAUCCUGUACGUUGUUGACUCGGGCCAGGCCUCGCACCUCGAGUGCAUCUACAAGGGCGGCCAGCACAUGGGCCUUUUCUCGGCCGACGACAAGCGCGUCGAGCACGUCGGCUUUGGCGUCGUCGUCGGCGAGGACGGCAAGAAGUUCAAGACCCGCUCCGGCGACGUGGUCCGCCUUGUCGACCUCCUCGACACCGCCGUUGAGGGUGCCGAGAAGCUCGUCCGCUCCAAGCUUGACGAGCGGCUCGCCAAGAUCGACGAGCAGCUUGCUGCAGGUGAGCUUACCGAGGAAGAGGCCGCCGCCGCCCGCGAGGCCGAGUCGAUGGACGAUGCUGAGAUCCGCAAGGCCUCAGAUGCCAUCGGCCACGGGUGCAUCAAGUACGCCGACCUCCGCUGCAACCGCCUCAACAACUACAUGUUCUCCUUUGAGCGCAUGCUUGACACCCGCGGCAACACUGCGGUCUAUCUCCUCUACGCCUACGCUCGCAUGUGCUCCAUCCUGCGCGUUGGCACCGAGCGCCUCUCGUCGGUCCUCGACGUUGACGCCUUCUUUGCUGCCUCGGCCGCCACCGGCGCCGCCGACCUCAUCCUCACCCAUCCGUCCGAGCAGCGCCUUGCCUUUACCAUCGCCCGCUUCGCCGAGGAGAUCGAGUACGUGCUCGAGACCCUCCUCCCGUCGCGCCUGUGCGAGCUCCUCUACGAUCUCUCCACCGCCUUCUCCGAGUUCUACCACCACUGCAAGGUCGUUGAUCUCGACGACAUCGAGGUCUCCAAGUCGCGCCUGCUCAUUGUGCGUGCCGCGCUGACCAUGAUGGCCUCGACCUUUGACCUUCUCGGCGUCGAGUACGUCGGCCGUCUUUAACCAAGCUAAUCAGUUAACACCGACGAGUUCUUCUUCCCGCGCCACAUCGCGCUCGCCUAGCCCACCAUGCAAAUUCCUCGAUUUCCA